AUGACUUUUACUUGUCCUGAACAUUUGCUAGAGUGGGUCCAAAAUGAAGCUUGCAAACUUGGAUUUGGCGAUGUGAUAGCAAGGUUCGAUAAUGGCACUAGUAGAAGGCAAGCCUUUGUUGUGAUGAAAUGUGAGAGGGGUUGGAAAUAUGUUCCAACAAAUCGAAAGUUAAAGCAUGAUGGUACGGGAUCGAGAAAGUGUGUGUGUCCGUUUAAGUUGAGUGUAUCUUGUAGGGUUGAUGGUUUGUGGCGUUUUAGCGUCGUUUGUGGCCUUCAUAAUCACGCAUUGGAAACCAAGCUACACGGGCAGCCAAUUGUGUGUCGGCUAAAACGCGAAGAGAGGGAUGCUAUUUCAGAAUUAUCGAUAAUCAAAGUUGCGUCGAGAAACAUACUUGCCGAUUUUAAGCGAAAAAAACCAGAUAGUGUUUCAUACAUCAAGCAGGUAUACAAUGAACGUUACACACUGAACAUUGAGAAAAAAGGUCCUAGGUCAGAAAUGCAACAACUAUUUAAACUUUUGGGUGAUAACCAAUAUGUUUCAAGGUACAGAGCUUGUGAGGAUAAUGUUACCGUUCGUGAUAUAUUUUGGACUCAUCUUGAAAGUAUCAACUUGUUUAACACAUUCCCAACCGUCCUUAUAAUUGAUUCGAUGUACAAGACCAACAAGUAUAAGCUUCCGCUUCUAGAAAUUGUUGGUGUGACAUCUACUGAGAAGACAUUUUCGGUUGGAUUCACUUUUUUGGAAUGUGAGAAAGAAGAUAACGUCACAUGGGCAUUGGGAAUAACUUUGUUUUGA